AUGAGUACUAAAAGAAAAUAUAAACCAAAAAACCAUCGUUUAACACAAUAUAUAAAAGUGCUUGGCAAACAAAAUAAUUGGAAUAAUUAUGCUGAAAAAGUGGACGCAAUUAUUAAUUUGACAGAUAAUAAAAAUGAGGAAAUCACAAAAGAAAAACGUUUAAGAGUGAAUUCAGACUCUGAGGGAGAAAUUUCUUCAGUUCAGUCCUUUGCUUUAACAUCAACAACAUCAUCUAAACGCUGUCUUUAUCCAGUUAAAACUGUUAAUGAUUCUGCAGAAAAUUUACAACAAAAUCAUAUAGAUGAUGAUGAAAUUAUUGGGGACGAAAAUAUUAUAACUUCUGAACGUUGGGAAAAUGAGCUUGCUGAAUGGGAAUCAAUAAAUAAUCCAGGAAGUUUGAAAGGUAACCUUUUAACAGAAUAUACACAUCCGGCAAUUGAUACUAGAGCAAAAUGA